UUAGUCACUGUAGUAUACCCAUGUUAGACAUGCAAGAAACAUGGCUAAAACCUAUGAUUUCCUGUUCAAGUUACUCUUAAUCGGUGAUUCUGGUGUUGGAAAAACCUGCGUACUCUUCAGAUUUUCAGAGGAUGCUUUUAAUUCGACUUUCAUUUCAACAAUAGGCAUUGACUUCAAAAUCAGAACAAUAGAUUUAGAUGGCAAGAAAAUUAAACUGCAAAUAUGGGACACAGCCGGUCAGGAGAGGUUCAGGACUAUCACCACUGCCUACUACAGAGGGGCAAUGGGAAUCAUGCUGGUGUACGACAUCACAAAUCAGAAGUCCUUUGAAAACAUCAGGAAUUGGAUAAGGAAUAUUGAGGAGCAUGCCUCAUCUGAUGUAGAAAAGAUGAUCCUUGGGAACAAAUGCGACAUGGAAGACAGAAGAGUGGUAACUAAGGACAAGGGAGAGCAGCUUGCAAUCGAGUAUGGAAUUAAGUUCAUGGAAACCAGUGCUAAGGCAAGCAUCAAUGUUGAAGAGGGUUUCGUCACUCUUGCAAGAGACAUCAAAGCCAAAAUGGACAGAAAACUUGAUGCUGGCGGUGCAGCCAAGGGGCCAGGAGGGGUUCAGGUUGGUUCCGGAACAACACAGAAGAAGAAAGAAUGGAAGUUGUGUUCUCUGUUCUAAUGUACAUAAUGAUUUUAAAUCAGCUAUUUACUGUUGCCACGAACAAUUAUCUGGACUUAAAGGACACAGCCCAACAGCUGGUCUGGAACUUUUUGUGAAGAUUUUCUUUCUCUCAGUCCAUGAAAAGAGGAAUGUUUCGAAUGGACGUUGGAUUUGCCAGUUAGGGCACGGGGGACCGAUUGGAUUUAACUGGUGUACUACAGGAGACAAACCCACGAGUGUUGUCACCAAGGAUGGAAUGCUGUGGUCAAGUUUAUUUACGCUUAAUUUUUCAUUUAUUGCCUCCUAAGAUAAAUUAAUUACAUUUUCCACGAAUUUCCCAAGGAUGUAGUCAUGAAAGGUUGUCAAAUUUUAGGUUGGUAGAAGGACUUGUGAGUGCCAUGUAAGAGGACUGAGGUACAUCAAUUUAGGUUUAUA